AUGAAGCUGUCCGACUCUCCAGAUGAUGUAACAGCUCUGAAGUGCAAAGUCAUCUACACUAUGCGAGACCCAAAGGAUGUUGCUGUCUCUCUGUACAAACUCUAUUAUAACAGACCGUUCAUCUUAGUCGACUGUAAUGGCAUAUUUGAACACUGGAGAGACGCAGAGAAAUAUUUUACUCACCAUCCUGAAAUUCCAGUGCAUUUUCAAAAUUAUGAAGAAGCCAUCAAGGAUCCUGUGUGCGCUGUACAAGCACUGUCCGACUUUCUUGGACUUCACAGAAAUGAUGAUCUGUGCCGAGCCAUUGCAGAGAAGUGUAGCUUUUCCAGAAUGAAAAUCGACAAGGAACCCUUUGCAAUAAAACUGGACGGGGAACACUUUCUGUACAGAAAAGGAGUCGUUGGUGACUGGAAGAACUGGUUCAACGACCAGAUGCUGGAAGAUUACUACAGAGUGUACGAAGAAAAGAUGGCGGGGUCCAGAUUCUAUGACACAUAUGCCAGGAGUAAACAGUAA